AGAAACAGAAAUUAUUUGGGUUCUCACGGUUUUCUCUCUAAACCCCUCUUCUCUGGCCGUCUGUUGGUGUCGGAGAAGACCAUGAAAUCUUGGGCCACGCUUUUUCUGGACAGGAUUAAUGGCUAUAGCAAAUGGGAGAGAUGCCUCAACAGAGGAAGUAAGGUGCCUUUUGUUUUGACGUCUCUGUUCGUAGCCUCCAUUUUCGGUGUCUUCCUUCUCUAUUCCCCAAAUCCUUUGUCUGCCAUGUCCAUUCGAGGAGGCUCUGACACAGUUGAGAAAAACUUUCAGAAGCAACAAGAGCUUGUCAGUACAAAUUCUACGUCCAAACCACAGAAAGAGCAGAAAUGGUGUGACCUGUUUAAGGGUCGGUGGGUUGCAGCCUCAAGAGGACCGCAUUACACGAGUUCUAGCUGUACGACCAUCCCAGAUACGAAAAACUGUCUGAAGCAGGGCAGAAAAGAUAGCGAUUUUCUUAACUGGAAGUGGAAGCCAGAGGAAUGCGAACUUCCGAGAUUUGAUCCUAAAACCUUCCUAGACAUGGUUCGAGGGAAGAAAAUGGCGUUCAUUGGCGACUCUGUGUCAAGGAACCACAUGGAGUCCCUCCUCUGCCUUCUGUCCCAGGAAGAAAUCCCAAAGGGUAUAUACAAGGACUCGGAAGAUCGGUUCCGAAAAUGGUUUUUCCCAGAGCACAACUUCACUCUUAUGUCCCUGUGGAGCAGAUUUCUGAUAGUAGGAGAGGAAAGAAUGGUAAACGGCAAAGGGUCCGGCAUUUUUGACAUGAAGUUAGAUAAAGUAGACGAUGAUUGGGCCAUACAAUUUCCCGACCUGGACUACGCAAUAAUCUCAGACGGGCAUUGGUUCUUCAGGUUGCUGUACCUUCACGAAGCAAACAAACCGAUAGGAUGUGUAUACUGCCAUGAACCAAAUAUCACGCACUACGACGUCGACUUCCCCAUAAGAAUGGCCUUUCGUUCUGCAUUCAGAUACAUGAGUAACCACAAAAGAAGAGUGGCUCUGUUAGUGAGAACAUUUGCGCCAUCCCACUUUGAGAAUGGAGCAUGGAAUGGCGGAGGAUACUGCAACAGGACGAGUCCAAUGAGGGAGGAAGAAGUUGACUUGGAGAGCGUGGAGUGGAAAGUGAGGAAUGUGCAGAUACAAGAGGUGGAAAGAGCGAGAAAAGAAGGGCAUAGAAUUGCAGAGUUGGAUGUGACGAGGGCGAUGCUGAUGAGAGCAGAUGGGCAUCCAGGGGAGUACUGGGGAAACAAGUGGAUGAAAGGUUACAGUGAUUGCACACAUUGGUGUAUGCCUGGUCCCAUUGAUGUUUGGAAUGAGUUCUUGCUCGCACUUCUCACCAGGGAACCUUGGUUCUGACCUCUCAUCACUAUGGAGUUUAGUAUCACAUUCUCCUGGGGCGCUACUUUUGCUCUUGCUCAAUCCUCAACUUGAGGCAUCCGGCUAUAUAUAUACAUAUUCCAUUUGUAUAUCAAGCUUCAUGAGAUCUCACACUUAGGAGGAUCAUAACAUAUUUUUCACCUUUCCAUACUGAGAAUCAAACUUCUCAUCGAGAUACUUCCAUUAUAUAGUAGAAUAUAAUAGUAUUCUUAUAGUGGUAUAUUCUAUUCUAAUUUCUUAUUCUCAUUAUAUUAACAUAGAUUGGCUUUCUUUCUCUCCAAUAAUGGGUUCAUGUAUUCGAUUUUCAA